CCCGGGGAGGGCGGGGGGAGAGUGGAAAGUGUAGAAGGCGGGAGGACUCAUCUUCAUGCCGGAGUCCCCCCUCCCGGAAGGCCGGAGGAGCCUCUCUGCUCCCGGGAAGGGGCCGAGGAGGAAAGACGGGGGUCUCCCGAAGGGUUUGCAUCUCUCCCUCACUCAGCCACUCGCCCAUCCACCCCCAGCCAAGGCGCGUCUCCUUGGCGUUAGUUAUUGGGCGUGUCGGGGCUGACGGUGUCUAUUCCAGCCGCUGCCCCGUCUCUCCUGCGGCGGCUCGGUUAAUGCCGGGGUGUUUGGGACCCCUGCGGUCAUUUUGCAAGACGGGUUGGAGGAGGGAUGGCUGAUUAUAAAAAUGCACAACAGCCUGAAGAAUUAUUACCAUGUCGGAUUUGUGGAAGGACUUUUUUUUCACCUGCAUUAAAAAAGCAUGCUCCCAUUUGCCAAAGAACUGCUGCUAAAAAACGAAAAACAUUUGACUCUAGCAGGCAGAGAGCAGAGGGAACUGAUAUUUCCACAGUAAAGCCUAUAAAACCACGGCCAGAACCUCCAAAGAAACCAUCAAGCUGGAGACGAAAGCACGAGGAGCUCAUAGCAGCUAUAAGAGCAGCCAAAGGAGUAGAUCAGGUUCUUAAAGAAGGUGGAAAAUUGCCGCCACCACCACCUCCAUCUUAUGAUCCUGAUUAUAUUCAGUGCCCAUACUGCCAGAGGCGAUUUAAUGAAAGUGCAGCUGAUCGACAUAUCAGUUUCUGCAAAGAACAAGCAGCACGUAUUUCUAAUAAAGGGAAAGUUGUUAGUGAAGUUAAAGGGAAGCUUCCUGCUCGAACACAGUACAAGACACCAACAGUAAAGAAGAUACCUUCUUCAGGGCUAACACCCCCAGCCUUAUCACGCUUACCACAACUAAGUUCCUCUGCAAAUAAAACAGUGUCUCCAGGUGGACAAGUGGGAAGCAAAAUCCAGAGUUCUCCAGCUCAUAAAAAUGUAAUGAAAGCAAGUCCACAAAUAGGGGGGCCCAUGAAACCAUGGAUGGGAGCAUCUACUAAUAUGACACGAAGCACCGGUCCGGGUAUGAUGGCAAACAAAAGAAAAGCAUUUGGUACUGAAACUUAUUCAGCCAGAGCUGGAUUCGACAGUGGAGACUGUUCAUCUAUCAAUGGAGGAAAUUCAAAAAGCAGUGAGGGAAAUUCUCUUGCACAGUUACCAAAAUUCUGUUAUGAAUGUGGUACCAAAUAUCCAGUGGAAUCUGCAAAAUACUGCUGUGAAUGUGGUGUUCGAAGAAUGAUUUUGUGAAUACACCUGUAAUGUAAAAUGAGAGAGAGAUUUCUUGCUAAGGCUGUAUGAAAAUCUCUGCUACACUUUUCCACCGGGAUUUGCGCUAAGGCACCAUGCUAAUGUUCUGGGCAAUUAUUUUUUGUUGUGAAAUAAUAUAUAUAAAUAUAUAAAUAUGUUGUAUAUAAAUGGUUAGAUACCUAAAACUGUGCCAUUCUAGAUGGUAUACUUGAGAUAUUGUUGGAGAAUAUUUAAUGGAGCAAAACUUUAAAUCAAGCGCUAAGGUUUUUUUGUAAUAUACAUAUAUAUUAAUGUUCUUAUUCAUUUGUAGUUUUUGCCCUGAAUCACUUGGUCUAAAGAACGUGUUCCAAUAGAAAAUACAUUAUACAUGGAAAUAUUGAUUGAUAUUUGGUUGAUAACCUAGAUGAUAGCUUGUUGGUUGACAGUCAUAAAUUUUAUUAUUUGUAUAUGUUUAAUGUAAAUUGAAAUUACCGGUACUAGUUUCACGUGUACUAUUAUAGCUAACUAGUUGGCAUUUUACCUUCUUUCUUGUUCCAAACAGCUAUAACAAGUUUUUGUGCACAGAUAUUUUUCUAUGAGGAAAACGUCCCAUGUGUUUCAUACAAAAAGAUUGAGUUGCUAAUAAAUUAAUUAAAUUAUCAGAUAUAAUUUAAUCAUGUUUUUAGGAUCAACUUCUUUUCCUAAAAAACAGGGCUGUGAUCAGUUUUAAAGCUUGGCUUAUAUGGCCUAAGUUAAUUUCCCUUUUGAUUACCUGUAAUGUACCAACAAAAAAAUCAUUGAAUAUUUUAUAAUAAUUAUGACACACUAGUUUCAGAAAAUGAUAUCCGAAUCAUGAUUUUUCUUCUUCCUAUUACUUUGACUUGAGGGUGUCUUUAUCAUUAUCAUUUCUUACACAGUCCUCUGAAACUAAAACAAAAAAAAUUAUAUUAAACUCAAACUACAUUAAUAUUAAGUUACAAGCCUCCUUUUCUACAGCAUUUUUUUUACCACAAAAAACAUUUACUUGUGCCUUUCCCAAAACUAAUCUGGUUUUUUUUUAAUUUAAUAUCACUAUUUCUAAGUCUCUAAUUUUCUAAGUUUAGUAAAAAUUUAAGUGAAACAAGAAGUUAAUUUGCAAUUUUUGACCUGAAUGAUGUAGGAUUUAUUUUUAAUGCUAUCUUCAUUCUAGUCAAAACCUGCUUGCUGUGGCAGAUUACAAUUAAAAAUGCAUUGAGCAAGAUUUAUCCCUAUUUUUCAGUAUAUUGGCCAAUGGCAAACUGCAGUUUUUAACUAAAAGAAUGAACAGGUUAAUUGGUAUAGAAUUGUGUUUGUGUGUUAAAAUUCUCUUUAAAAAGCAUUCAUAAAUGUAGUAUUCCAGUUUUGUAUUGUUACCUAAUUUUAUUUGUAUUAGUGAAAAUCAGUCUUUAAUAGCUUAAUCUAGAUUAGCAUUUUUUGUUUUUUUAUUUAAAAUACACUGGUAUGGUAGAGCUUACAUUACAAAAAUUAAGAAUGCACUGUAGCUCUUCCUUAGUCUGGGAUUAUGUGGAUUCUGCUCUGCCUUGCCUAUUAAUUGUUAGUGUAACUUAAUAUGCAUCCUAUUCACCAAAGAACCCACAUUUGUUGUAUUAAAAAGUUUUCACAUGUUCCUGCAGAUGCUUCUUUACAUCUUAUUAUUGCACCUCUUUUUUUAAUAUAUAAUGAAUCCGAUCUUCGUAACAAAGCAAUAGUCUAAUUUCUACUAAAUAGUUACAUGAGCGUUAUUCUGAUUAGAUAAAUUUUGUUUUCCUAAAUGUUCUUUAAGAACAAAAGCAUUGUAUAAAUGCUUGUUCUAUGUUACCUAGAAUCUUGUAAUAAAACUUUCAUUGUGUAUAUAAUUGCUAUAUGUUAAAGAAUCUUUCUCUGUAUGGGUAGGAAAAAGCUAUUGGGAAAUAAAGUCAUUAGGUUAGAAUUCCGAAAAAUUGAAAAUACUAAAACAUAAUUAUAAAUAUUUGUAGAAAACCAUAGGAAUAGAAAUAAAGAUGUCCGAGAAAAUGUGGAAAUAACUCAGAUUUUAGGGAUUGUAUUGGGAAAUAUUACCCAUAGAAUGAGCUGAAAAUAUUAAAAUAGCAACAAAAAAAGAACUUUCCCAGGUGUGUUUGAAGGAACAGAAAAAGUGUAUCGGCUGCUCAGUGAAAAUGUGAAUGGGGAACAAAGGCAGAAUCAAGUAACUCCUACAUUGACUGACUUUUUUGGGGAGAUGAUGGGAGUUGGGUGUUGCCCUAGAAACCAGAAGCCUGUGAGUUCUAACCAGUGGUAGGAUUCAAAUAAUUUAACUACCGGUUCUCUGCCCUAAUGAUUUCUUCCAACAACCAAUUCACCAAACUGCUCAGAAAGUUAAUAACCGGUUCUCCCGAAGUGGUGCGAACUGGCUGAAUCCCACCACUGGUUCUAACCCUGCGUUAGAUAUGAAAGCCAGCUGUGUAACCUUGGGCCAAUCACUCUCUCUCAACCCAACUCACCUCACAUGGUUGUUAUGAGGAGGAGGAAACAGUAUUAGGGUACAUUCACCUCCUUGAGUUUCAUGUAAAAAUAAUAAAGGUGGGAUAUAAAUAACUAAUUAAAUAACUAAUGUGUGUCUCAAUAUGCAAUUAUGAAGAGCAGGAUUCCAGAUCAGGCUUGAUAGAAACAUAGGAAAUAUCUAUUGGCCUUGAAGAUGUUCACAUAUCAAAUGCCAGAAAUUCCUUGUUAAGAGUAAUAAGAAUUCUGCUAAGAAAUUUGGUCUGACCAAACUUCUCAUCUUUAAGAAAUCCAAGAAAAUGUGAAAAAAACCAACGAAGCAACAUUCCUUUCUUAAUUUUUUAAUUCACUUUUGAUUGUGAAAGACUUGUUUGUCUUAACAUAAGCAUCAUGAUGUCCUGAAUAGGAAGUUAACUAAGUAUGGGAUAUAUAGCAUGGCAUGUCUAUUGACUGGACAUGCAAACCAUAGUCUGAGAAUGUUAAAACAGUUCCUCAUCAGAGUGAAGUGCAGUAAUAAGUAGAAUACUACAGGGUUGUUUUGGUCCUUCUGCUCGUCAAGAUUUUUGAAUUGAAUGAGGUAAAGGAAAUGGUCAUCAGAUGGAUGAGACAAUUAGUAAUCUUUUUAAAAAAUCAGAAUUAUUUGGAUGGGUUAGAAAAGUGGCUGAAAAUUAACAAUGAAACUGAACAAAGAUUUAUUUUCACUUAUGGAAAAAACACCUGUACAUUUGUUAAAAUGUUAAAAAUAUUGGAAUUGUGAGUAAUCAUAAGCUAAAUAUUAAUACCCAGUUAUGUUAAUAAGCAGUUACGGAGAUAAGCAUCUCCAAGACCCAUUUCUGGGCACUUGGAAGUACAAAUGUUGCCCCUGGCUGCAACAUUUCAGUCACCAUUUCUUUUCAUGGAAAUUAUGUGGCUGAUUUAAGGUGCUGUAAACCUUCAUGCCUCUUUUGUGCUCUCUCAUAUUCUGCAGCUCUUUUAAAAGGAGAAAUCUGAAACAUUGUACAGCCUUACUAAAUAGAACUCGGGAAUAUGAUGGGGCAGCUAAAAAGGUCAAAAUUUAAAAGUAAUUUUAAUUUUUAUCAAUGUAAAAUAAUUUCCAAACUUGAGAGUAAUAAUUUUAUUUAGCAUUGGUUGGACAUCCAGUAAGAUAAUAUAUUAAGAUGCAGGUGUUUCUCUCCUACUUCACAAGUUGUUGAAGUUUGUUGAAAACAAUACUUGAAAUGUAAGACACAAUUGGUAUUAGUACUAAUACCAAUAGAACCAAAAUAGAGAAUUGUAUCUACUUGUAGAAUGGGAGAAGGGGAAAUAGUCUGAAGAAGCUACCUUUUCCAUCCCACCAUGGAACAACAUGCCUCUGCCAAAUAGCCUGUCCUUAGUUCCACUUUCUGAAGAAACACCUGCAGAACUGGAGAUUGGGGCAUCAAAUGAGAAUUUUUCUUAACAAGAACCCAGCCCAGGGCUGUGACUGAUAUUCUAUUCUAUUAUUUGAUGAGAGCUAUUAUGACUGAGAUUCAUCUUUUUUUGCAAUAAUGUUCCACGUUUUGAAUGUUUAAUUUGUCAGCGUAAUGGAUAGAAGGAAUAAUGCUGAGGAGCAGGAGAAAAAGCUGCAAUCAAGAUAACAUAAAAUUUGAAUCUGCAUCAGAAAUGUAAGCUGAGAAAGCAUUUCAGAUAUGAUACUACCCAGGUCCCAUCAAGAUAAAGUCAGGGAGAAGGGAAGGACAUUUGGACCUGGAAGACUGCUGCUAUAGCCUGGUAACAAACCAGUGUUAGUUUGCAUGUCUUCAGUUUCCAUGUUUGAUCUGUUGACAUCAAUCUUGCAAAUCUCAGUUAUCUCCAAUGUUAAGGAAAUUAGACAUAUUUGAGCUCUACCAGGUAAGAAAUUAUCAUAAGUAAUUAAUGCUUUGGAAUAAUAUGUCAUUUGCGAGUAGGGCACUUAUUCCUCUAUCCAAAUUUAAUUCUCAGUUCUCCGCUUUCACUUCCAACUAGUUCUGAAAACUCUUUAUUUCACCCUGGCUUCUUUCUCUUCAACUGGCAGGAAAUUUUUAUCAUCUCUGUUGUAGCCUAACUUUAACUCACCUUCCUAAUCUAAACAACCAUUAAUUCUAUUCUUUAUGCAUUUUCUGUAUUAAAACCUUAUCUGUUCUUUGUUCUCUAAUAUGUAGAGGUUUCAGCCCCCUUUUUAUUGGGCUCUCCUAAGAGGCUGCCAUCUUAUUUCCCCUUUAUCUCCCAAGACUGCCGACAGGUAAUCUUGGUGGCAUUAAAAUAACUGCUCUGGAUAUAACCCUUGCUGUCCUCCCUGAACUGGAACUGUUCUCCAUUUUCUCCAGCCACUGGCUAAAAACAACUGAGAAUCUGCUGGUUGCCUGGUACUUCAGGUGGUGGGAUAUGAGAAGGAAGGGGGGGUUAUUUUUUUCCCUCCACCCUUCUCCCAUCCUAGUCCCUUGGACUGCUUUCAUCCAGUCUGCCAUGGAUGCUAUUUUUUACAUUUUACUUUUUCCUUUCGCUUCCUUAUAGCUUCUUCCUUUAUUAUUAUUUUCUUUGAACAACCACUCCCAUCUUGCCACACUUUGAAUCUGUGAUGCAACCACUGGUUGAAGAGGGAGGGGCUCCUCCAUGGGGAGUAGAGACAUUUUAUAGUCUGUUGGAAGGAGGAAAUCUCUGAGAUCAAAUCCUUAGGUCUAUAUCUGCCAUUUUCCAAGGGAAGACUGGCGAGAUUCUUGUAAUACACUGUAGGUGAUCAGCAAAAAAAUAUUUAUCUUGAUCUAUCCAGAAGUAGGAGACAUAAAGCAGCAGAUUGAGGAUAGAUCAUUCUGAAGGAGGUCUGACUUGGGGUCACCAGAUUUGACAUCCAAUACUACGUAAUAAUAAACAAGCUGCUAGCAAUAAGCCUGUGCAUUCUUUCUAUUCCAAAUGCAUCACGUUGAAUACAACACAAAUAGUAUGUAUUUGUACUCCAGUGCAGCACUAGAUCUAUAUGUGCCAGUUUAAAUUAAUGAAUAACAAAAUUAAAAGACAACAGGUCCACUUAAUGGUUUCUUGCGCACAAAUGCUACUAUGAAUCCCGCCCCUGGGAGGAAAAAAUGUCAACCUGGUCUUCAAAAACAAAAGAAGUCAGUUCUUCCAUCCCCAAAUCAAAGGUUUAUAUACAUAAUGGAUAAGACCAGAGGGGAAAUGUACAGAGUUGAAAUGAAUGGAGAAAUCUACGUGGUUCUAUUCAAUGAACCAGAUGUGUUAACAUGUAAAAAUGAGUUUCAGAAUAUAUUGAUUUACCAGAUAACCCUCAUUCAACAAUUCUAGAAAACAUUACAGUAAUAAAUGUCUCAUCAGUUGUGAAUAUAUGUAAUGUUCCAAAGUCAAUAUUUGCCAGGUUUUAUGUAUAAAGUUAUAUUUUAACCUGCUCUACAGAGUGGCAAUCUAAGACCAAAGAACAAGCUGAUCUUUCAAUUGAAUGUAUCUCCUUCUUUUAGAAUAACAGAGUUGGAAGGGACCUUGUAGGUCUUCUAGUCCAACCCCCUACUUAGGCAGGAAACCCUACACCACUUCAGACAAAUAGUUAUCUAAUCUGUUCUUAAAAACUUCCAGUGUUAGAACAUUUACAACUUCUGGAGGAAAGUUUUUUUGCUGAUUAAUUGUUCUGUCAGAAAAUUUCUCAAGAAAAUUGAUUCUCUCCUUGAUCAGUUUCCACCCAUUGCUUCUUGUCCUGCCUUCAGGUGCUUUGGAGAAUAGUUUGACUCCCUCUUCUUUGUGGCAGCCCCUGAGAUAUCGGAACACUGCUAUCAUGUCUCCCCUAGUCCUUCUUUUCAUUAAACUAGACAUACCCAGUUCCUGCAACCGUUCUUCAUAUGUUUUAGUCUCCAGUCCCCUAAUCAUCUUGGUUGCUCUUCUCUGCACUCUCUAGAGUCUCAACUUCUUUUUUACAUUGUCGACCAAAACUAGAUGCAAUAUUCCAAGUGUGGCCUUACCAAGGCUUUAUAAAGUGGUAUUAACACUUCAUGUGAUCCUGAUUCUACCCCCCUGUUUAUGCAUCUAAAACUCUGUUAGCAUUUUUGGCAGCUGCAGCACACUGCUGGCUCAUAUUUAAGUGAUUGCCCACUAAGUCUCCAAAAUCCCUCUCAUAGCCACCACUAUUGAGCAAGGUACCACAUAUACUGUACCUGUGCAUUUUGUUUUUCUUGCCUAAAUGUAGACUCUUACUUUUUUCACCAUUGAAUUUCAUUUUGUUACAUAGCGCCCAAUGUUCAAGUCUCUCAAGAUCCUUCUGUAUCUUAAGUCUAUCUUCCGGAGUGUUGGCUAUUCCUGCUAGCUUGAUGUCAUCUGCAAAUUUGAUGAGUUCCCCAUCUAUUCCCUUGUCCAAAUCAUUAAUGAAGAUGUUGAAGAGUACUGGGCCUAAAUUAGAGCCUUGGGGCACACCACUGCAUAUUUCCCUUCAUGUAGAUGCUGUUCUAUUGACUAUAUGUUGAGUGCAGUUGGUCUGCGAGUUAUGAAUCUGUCUGGUGGUGAUGCUGUCUAACCACAUUUUUCUAUUUUGUCAAGUUUUAGAUUAUGACCUACUUUAUCAAAUGCCUUACUGAAGUCCAAGUAAAUUAUAUUGACAGCAUUCCUCUGGUCUACUAAUUUUGUCACUUUGUCAAAGAAUGCAAUAAAAUUAGUCUGGCAUGAUCUAUUUUUGACAAACCCAACAUAUAUCUUAUUGAUAUGUGAAAUUGAUAGAUUGAUGUGAAACUGAUAGAUUUUUCCCCUGGACUAAUUGAUUCUACUUGAUUUAAUUUUGUUUCAGAAAAAAUGAUCUUUGAAAUUAAUAAUAUUAGAUAUUAAUUAAUAAAAUGUACACGCUGCCCAUCUCCUGGGCAACUGAAUAGCUUUAUUACCCACUCACUUAAAGCCAUAUCUGACGGGUAGUGGAGGAAAAUAAAAAUAUACUAGUUAGAACUAUGUUAUUGUUUAUUGGAGUGUGAACCUAGCCAUAGCCAUGGCUCCUUGGGGAAAAAUAUUUAAUAGUAAAUAUUUACUUUCCCCUGAAGUUUAUAUAGAUAUGUCAAGGAGAGUUGGUAAAAAUAGAAAACAGUCUAAGUACUUUUCUUUGGAACUGAAUAUGAGAAUUGGUACAAAUUAUCUUUUUUUUUCUUCAUUAAAUGUUUGAGUUGAACCAAUACUGUUUUCAAGAAUAAUGGUGUUUGCAAGCUGAUGCUUGAAUCAAAUUAGCUAUGCAUUGAUAAAUGAGCAUACUAAAUGAGUGAAGGAGGAUAAACGAGGAGUGUGUAUACUUCAGAACAGAAACAAGGUGGCCUACCAUGCUUGAGAACAUGGUUCUUCUUUCCAGGUUGUACAUAUCAGGUAUUAGGUUUUUCCCCCAAAAAAAGCUCCAACAGCCAAAUGCUAGGUUCAAGACUUACCAAAACACAGAAUGUGGAGGUAAGAGGGAAAAAAACGUACAUUUUCUGCAUGUAAACUUUGUGGAAAUAAAGUUAGUAGAAAGUAAGAAAAUUGAGAAAAAUUGAUUAAUUUUGGAUUCUGUAGGUUUGUUGCCAAUAUGAGAGAGAAUUCUGCCAAUAUAUUGUCUCAAAUUUCCCUGCUCCCUCUCAAAUAUUGUGAUUGGUUUCAUUAAGACUUUCCAUUCAUUGUAAUUAGAAACUAGAACUGUGAGUUAUAACUCCAAUUCUCCUAUUCCGCCAAGAGUUCACUUUUUAUAGAGCUGUGCAUCUUCUCUUUAAUCUUGGCAAGUCAAAAAAGCUAAGCAGAGCCAACAAAUUAAUAUCAUUAAGCAAGACUGCCAGGAACUCAUAAGGUUGACGGGGAAGUCAAAACAACAUCCUAGAAGUCCCAAAGAUGCUUUUUCCAAAAGGCUACUGGAUUUUCUUGGUGUUUUUUUUUUCUUUGAAAACAUUUUGUUUCUCAUCCAAGAAGCUUCUUCAGAUUAGUUCUUCAGAAGUGAAACAUUUUUCAAUGAAAAAAGAACCAAGAAAGUCCUGUUGUCUUUUGGAAAAAGCACCUUUGGGGCAACCAUGACCUGGAUGAUUGAGAAUCUUCAUAAGACAACAACCUGGGAGAAGUUAUUAUUGCAAGAAAAUUAUGAACAUGUCCAUAAAGGCACCAAUAGAUAACCUGAAAAAGCUUUCACAUUUUAGUCCAUUUUUGAAAACACACUGCUUGCAUUCACAUUCUAAGAUUAAAUCAAGUAGAUAAAGACACUAUUUAUUCCAUUUUGAAUAAUUUAACAAGGUUUAGAAUUGUUAUUUUAGUUUGGAAUUGCUUUGGAAGAUCCCUGCUUUGAUUUUUGUACCUCCUAUAUCUGCACAUGUCCAGUAUCUGUGCCUUCUCUUGAAAUUGGCUAGGACUAUGCAAUCUGAAUGUACUUAAUUUAAUCUCUGAACAUGAGAUCUUAAACUGGUUUUUUUUGGGUUUUUUUAUAAAUAAUUUUUAUUUCCAUUUUCCAACAUCAUAUUUAUGUACAAACUAUUAUCCAUCAUUAAUCAUUAAUUUUUAUUUAUUACUGAU